AUGAUCAUUAUUUCCAGGACUUUAUCAGAACUGGACAGUUUGCGUCUGACUGGAGAGGCUGGGGAUAAGAUCCGUCAGGUGACGGAGAGGGCCACACUGUUCCGCAUCACCUCUAAUGCCAUGAUUAAUGCGUGCCGUGACUUCCUCUCGCUGGCUCAGGCUCACAGCAAGCGAUGGCAGAAGGCCCUUCAAGCAGAGCGGGACCAGCGGGUAAGGCUGGAGGAGACUUUAGAGCAGCUGGCCAAGCAGCACAACAACCUGGAGCGAGCGUUCAGAGGGGCAGCACAGGCUAAUGCUACUGCAGACAAUAAAAGUUCUUCCGGGCCAGGAAAAGGUGAGGCCAGUGACGAGGACAAUGACAAUGAGUUCUUUGAUGCCAUGGAAGAGGCUCUUGAGUUUAUCACUGUACCUGCAGAUCCCCAUUUCCACAAAAGGUCAAGCAGUAAUAUCAGCGGUUUCAACAGUGAAAUGUGUCCAGAUGAUCAAUCGCUUAAUGAGGAGCCUCUCGUGAUGAACCAGGAAUCUCCCUCUCAGGAGUUGAUACCCCUGAAGAAGAGGAGGACACGCAUUCCAGACAAGCCAAACUACUCUCUCAACUACUCUAGCUAAUUUCUUGUACAAACAUUAUAAACUUUGAAGAAGUAGUUGGGAAAAGACUACAGAGCUGCAAAAUGGCAAAACACACAUUCCAGUGCUGAGAAAAUCUCACAUUAGUGCAGU